AUGAACAGUAAAUACUUUCGCGAAACGAUCGAUGUUGAUUUUGGAUACCAUUUUGUUGAACGACGUUCUGUAAAUGUAGCCGAUGUUCAUGGCGAUCUGUCAAUAGAGACUCUCAAACGUAUUUGUCAAUUAUUUAAUGGUUUUCUCGUUCAUGUUCAAUCAACAUAUCUGACCUCGAAUACAUCGGAUGUUAUUCAAUUUUUACGUCCACUUUCGCAUCCAAGCUAUAUUCUAUUACUCAUACGUGAUCUUGACGAUGAGGACGACGAAGAAAUUCAAACGGCUAUAACAAGUAUACGUUCAGCUUGUUCGAAUUGUCAGAUUUUCUUUUUGCCGAAUGUUGCCGACAAGAAUACUUAUGUCAAUAAAGAAAAAAUUGAACAACUACGCGAACAAAUUUUUCUUGAUGCUGUCAAAUUUUCUCAUUCAAACGAACAAAAUAUCCAAAAGCAUUUCGAACAACUUAUGGAUACUGAUCAAUGUAGAAAUGCUGAACAAGACAAAGUUUUUAUUGAUUCCAUUCGACCAAUUCUUAUUCAUGGUAAAGAAGAUGAUUAUCCUCUCUAUUCAUUAUUUACUCGCAUGUGUGAUAUAAGACAUAAGCUAGCCAAGAUGGAUCCUUAUAAUGCCGAUUUUCAAGAUACAAAGCUAUAUGCUCUUCAUAGUGAACUGUUUCAAAUUAGUGAAGAACUAGAGAAGCAGCAACGAGCUGGUUUUCAAGCAACUGGUCAAGCAUUUCAACGUUUUUUUCAACUCAUUCAAAACAAAGAAGAUCAAUUGAAUAACUUGAAUUUAUUAUCUAUUGAAUUGAAACAUGAACGAGAUAAAAAGAUAUCUUCUGUAGAUUCUACAACAUCGUUCUAUCAACAAUUAUCACUUGAAAUUCAUUGGCGAAAUGCUAUGAUUAGUUCUAAAAGUAUAUCAGAACCUGAACGAAGAAUACUUAUCGAUGCGUAUCACAAUUAUAUUGACGAAGGAAAUCCUUUCGAAAUCGUUGAUGGCGAUAAUUUCGAAAUACAAGGCGAAUUUUUGACCGAAGUAAUGCAUUUAUUUCAUAAGAAAAAAUUUUUCGUUAUGAGUAUAAUCGGACCACAGAAUAGUGGUAAAAGUACAUUACUUAACUUCUUAUUUGGUACUUUAUUUGAAGUACGUGAAGGACGAUGUACUCGAGGUGUCUAUGGAACAUUAGUCAAAAUUAGAUCGGAAGCAGUUACGCAUGAUCUUAUACCGCCUGAUUACGAUUAUAUUUUAUUAAUCGAUACAGAAGGUUUAUUAUCUAUCGAGAAGGGUGACGAACAGUAUGAUAAACGUUUGAUUCUCUUUUGCUUGGCUAUAUCACAUCUCGUUAUUGUCAAUAUUAGUGGUGAAAUUCAUGAAACACUAAAACAAAUGCUAAUACUAUGUACACAAUCGCUCAAUUAUCUUGGAGAAACUCGUGUUACGCGACCAACAGUUCAUUUUGUUCUUAAUCAAAAAGCCGAUCCGAACAAAGCCAAUUGUGAGAAACAAGUGAAAAUCAUUCGAGACGAUUUGAUAGCAAAUGGUCUCAAUAAUUUAAUUGAUCUUGGACCGAAUAAUUUUCAUGUUUUAUCGACAGCAUUCAACCGAAAGCCAUUUUUAGAUCCGAAUGGAGAAUGUGCCGCAUUGUCAACUGAUAUUAAAUUUGUUACAAAUGUUCAAAAACUAUGCAAACUAUUUGUUGACUCAUCUUUUCAAAUAAUUCGUGACACUGGUGAUCGUUUUUCUAUACCAACAAAAUGGAUUGAAUUUGCUAAUAGUGUACUUCAAGUCAUAAAAAAAUAUCCAGAUUUAACUUAUUUCAAAGAUAUUUUUGAACGAGAACAAAAUAAUAAAAUACGGCAAGAUAUUCGCAACGAUUUUGAACAAAUUUUAUCACCAACACAAGCUCAACUAUUGAUCAAUAGAGAAAAACACAAUAGUAUUAGUCAUAUUCAAGAUUCAUUUCAAAUCGAACAAGAGAAAAUUUUAAAUGAACUUGAAUCAAAACUUGAACAAAAGAUAGUAAAAUAUGCAGUAAGUGAAAAUGUUCGUCAACGAUCAUUUCGUUUUAUGCGAGUACAAGUAGCAAGUCGAUUUCGUUCAUGGGAAGUGUCAGCUAUUAUGGCAGGUGAACGAGACAAACUGAAUAAAAUGGUAGAUGAUAGUGAUGCUGAACUUCGACAACUUGCAUAUGAUACAACAGGCAAGAAUCAUUGUAUUGAUAAAAAUUUGGCAAUCGAAAAAUUUGAAAUGAUGUGGAAAAAUCAAUUUAGUUGCGUCCAAGUAAAAUUCGAUUCCGAAACUCAAUGGAAACAAUCGAUUGAUUUAGUUUGCCGGCUCUAUGAUGUACUUGAUCAAGAUGCUUUGCCAUCAUUAGAUAAUGUGCUCACCUAUUUACCCUUUCUCAUGACACUCGAUAACUUUGAUCAAUUAUCAAAAAUCUCUACCGAAUGUAUAUCGAAAGCUUCUAAUAUUAAUCCUCUCGCCCCACAUUCAACAAAUACAGUUUAUACAAUAUGUUUUUCUGAUCUACAGAAACCGUAUACAUUUCUCAACAAUGAUGCACUGUUAGCAAUAUAUUGCGGCGACAAAAAUAGUAGAACACGAACAAGAAGUACAUGUAGAUUAGGUGUACGCCAAGAUUUUUCUCAAGAAAUGAAUAGCAAUUGGCGAACGACUGUUCGAGUACCGCACUGUUUCGAGCUUUUAAUUGGACGUAUAAAGGAAAUCUAUCAAUUAAAAAUCAGUGAUGAUGAAUUUUCAACUGAAAUUAUUCUUCUGCAAGAUAUAUUGGGAACAGUCGAUAAAUUAAUAAAAGAUGUGAAUCAAGAACUAAUUCAAGAGAAUGAUGAUGAAAAUGUUGCUACUAAUCUUAUCAAUGAGUUUUCUGAUCAAUUACGUCAGUCAUUUGAACUGAAAGUCAAAGAAAUUAUUGGAACAUGUGUUGAAAAUGAACUGAGAACACUGAAUCAGUAUUCUAUUAUGAAAGAGCUCGAUGGUGAAGUCUACGAAGCUUCAAACGAUUGGCUUAUGAGUUAUGUUCUCUAUCCAAUUCAAAUAAUCAGCGAACGACUUGUUCAACGAUGGGAAAAAAUCGAAACAAGAAUCCUUCAACUGGUCAACAUCAGUAUGAAUUCACAUUUAGAAAUAGUAGCUGAAUUCUUUCGCAUCAUAGAAGCAAUCAAAAUUGCUUUGAAAUUAAAAGGUGGAGAUUCAUUGACUUUUGUCGAUGAUCUAUUCGAAUCGUCGAGUAACGAUAUCAAUCAGAAUCUAUUCGAUAAGAAAUUAUGUAUGGCUACACUUCUUUACCAAUAUCUCUCAGACGAAGCUAUUUCAACGCAGAUAACUAUUAAAAAUGGUUUGACUUAUACGGUUCAAUCUAAGUGGCAAGAAACUAUUAAUAACAUGCCGAAAUCAAGCGAUCAGCUGAAAAAUAUUUUUCGUUCCUUGAAGACUACGUUUGAAACGUAUACGAUCACUUAUAUUGACUUAUUUCUCGAUAAGGUCAUCAAUCAAAAAACAACAAUUGAACAAGAAUUGCAAAGUUUGAUGACUACUUUUAUUACAAACAGUUGCCGUAGCACACGAGAACGACUACUCAUUCAAGUGCGUGGUUGUAAAGAACAGUGCCCUUGUUGCAAGCGUUUAUGUGAUAUUGAUCAUCGGUUGGACAAUGCUACACCUAUGGGACAAGGAGAGAACAGACAUCAAUGCCAGUCUGGUCAUCAGAUUCGAGGUAUGGGUGGCGUACGAUAUGAAGUGACGAAUGAAGCAUCGACAGUUUGGUGUGAAAUAAUCAAAGAUGAAGAUCCUAUUGUUACUAUUAGAGGUCAACGACAGACAUGGAUAAAUUUCAAAAAUGCUCACACCGAUUGGGAUUUUGGUGAUCCAAGAAUUCGAGAAAAUCAAAAGACACCCUAUACUUAUAUAUGGGAGAAAAUUGGAGAACAACUAUGUCUACACUAUGGUAACGGAAUGAAAUUUGUUACACAAAAUAGUCCGACUCCGAUAAAUCAUUUUAUUCUUCUACUCGAUCAUUCCGGUUCUAUGAAUGGUACGAUUUUCAAACAAAUAUCUCGUAUAUUAAUACCGGGCAAAACGACUAGUACGGCGAGUGAUUCUAAUCAAGCGGAUUUGAGUCCAUGGGAACAUUUGCUUAAAGCUGUCAGAGAAUUUAUUCGCAUUCGAAUUCAAAAAGUAUAUCACACUGAUGAAAUGACCAUUAUUGUUUUCGCCAAUAGAGCGACACGAAUUUAUAAUCGAGAAAAAUUGAACAACAUCGAUAUGAAUCGGCUUAAUAUGUCGAUGUUAGUCUGUGGUGCAGGUACUAACUUUUCAGUUGCAUUUGAUAUGCUUAUUGAAACGCUGAAUGAAAUUAGGAAUAAUCCAGCGUGUAAUAGUCUUCGACAUAUAAUCAUCUUUCUAACGGAUGGAGACCCUCAAGUUUAUCCAACGUCUGAAUUAGAACGUUUAUCUACCGAUUUCAAAUCAAUGAUUACUGAUUUCUGGGCAAUGGGUCUUGGUAAAUAUAAUAAGAAAGUUCUCCAAAAAAUAAAUGAGAAAAUGCAAGGCAAGUUUACAGACAUUGAAAAGCCGGAAGAUCUUAUUGAAACAUAUGCUGAGAUUGCUGACUCUUGUGAUACAAAUUUACCUUGA